AUGGCGGACACGAAGAACGGCGAAGGCGAGGCUCCGUCUUCGACGGCUGGGGACCAGUCCAAUGCACCAUCACCGCGCAACGAAGAUGACGCGCAAAGCAAUCAACAGCAUCAACCCAGCGCUGCAUCAGAAGUAGCGCCUUCGAAAUCAACUAGCAAGGCUUCUACCAGAAAUUCGACACCUGCUGCUUCUUUGGAAGUACGGGAGCCUGCACAAAACCCCAACGACGCGUCUUCUGCCAUGGACGACGUGCAACCAUCACCCGAGGCGGCCAACGUCGCUUCAAAUCAGUCCAAAGCAUCGUCAAAGGAGCCAGAUCAAAACGGUGAGGCGCUAUCGUCAUACGGUACGCGAUCGCGCGGCCGUCCUGGCAGGUCGCGACCUAAUUAUGCUGAGGACACCGAAAUGGACUUCGAAAUGGGAGCUGCAGCCACAAAUGGCAACGCAUCUGAUCCGCCGUCGCGUAAUUCUAUGGCUCCCGAAAACGGCCACUCUGCCAGUGUGGGUGGGAAGAAAGGUUCCGCCUCUGCACAAGGCAAUGCAUCGUGGGGUAAUUCCGGAACCAACACUAAAGAGACCGCGCCGAAUCCUCAUAUUUCCGGCACACCAGCAACAGCUGCGUCGACUCAGUCAAGCACACCACAACCGCAGCCCGCAACCAAACGACGCAAAAAUGCUGCGAAUGGCGCAAAUGGUAGUCACGCGAGUGCCGCUGCGCCAAGCCAAGCAGGGGCGAAGCGCGGAAGCCAUGCCAGCGCCAUGGUAGCCGCCAACAGCGCGCGAGAGACCAACAUGAUGACGUUCGAAAAUACGGGUGCUUUCCUCAAGGACGGUCACUUGGAAGCCGACGAUGGCCAAAUUCUUUCAGUCAACGAUCAGGUGUACCUCGUGUGCGAGCCGCCCGGCGAGCCUUACUACCUCUGCCGGGUUAUGGAAUUUAUCCACGUCGACAACGACCCCAAGAAGCGGAUAGAGUCCAUGCGAGUCAAUUGGUUCUAUCGCCCACGAGAUGUCCAGCGCUACAACAAUGACACUCGUCUGGUCUACGCGACCAUGCACUCUGAUCUAUGCCCUCUGGCGUCUUUACGGGGAAAAUGCCAAAUCUUGCAUCGGAGCGAAAUCGGCGACCUUGACGAGUAUCGCAAAACGAAAGACAGCUUCUGGUUCAACCAGGUUUUUGACCGCUUCAUUCAUCGCUGGUACGAUGUCAUUCCCGUCUCAUCGGUUAUCAACGUACCCGACAAGGUCAAGAAAGCCCUGGACGAGCGGUGGAAGUACAUCUGUCUCGAGACGAGUCGGGUAAAGGAACUCACAAGCGCUGUUAAGAGCUGCAAGCGUUGUGUUGGAUAUUGCGCAGCGAAUGACUCCGUUGAGUGCGCAGUGUGUCACAACACCUAUCACAUGAACUGCGUGCGCCCACCAUUACUCAAAAAACCAUCUCGUGGAUUUGCUUGGGCUUGUGGUCCAUGUAGCAGAGCGCAAGAGAAGAAGUUGGAGGCCCGCCUGGGUACCACUCACGAAGAUGCCGAAGAGGAAGAAGUCAUAGAUGAGGAAGAGGAGGAAGCAAGCGGCGAUACCAAUGCAGACACACCGGACCCCGAUUCCCAAGUCGACACACAUCCUGCAACACAGGCCGAGAUUGCUUUGGCUAAGAUGUGGCCUAUGCGAUAUCUUGGCAUACACUGCCGGGUAGAGGACGCACUGCAGUACGACGAUCGGGCCAUUUACCCUCGCGCAAGUUCUCGGCUGGGACCUCGACAUCAAGCAAACGUCAACGUCUGGCAUGGACACCCUGUGGAACUGGUCAAACCUGCGGAGAUUAAGAAACGCUACGUCAAGGCUGCGGGUAACAAGAAGGAAGGCAAGCUAUCGAAAGAGACGGUAGCCGCGAUCGAAGCAGACAAGGCGGAGAAGGCUAAGCGCCCUAAGUGGGUAAUGGACGAGCCGCCUGGUUAUGUUCGUCGUGGUGAAGACCUGCCGAACAAGGACUCCAAGUGUACCGCGGAAUUGAUGUUCAAGAUGCCUCCACUAGGAGUACACUCCACUCGAGGAGAAGACAACGCUCCCAACGUCACGGAAGAUCAAGUAAAAGCCUACAUGAAUCGGGCAAGGGCAUUGGCCAAGUCGCAUGUUGGGGUGGAACCGUACAACACGAACUUCUUGGAUCGGUGCUUGACGCUCUUCACCAAAUAUCAGUACGACGCGGAUGUAGCCUUGAAGCAUGUCAAGAAGAUCGACAAGCGGAAAGACUUGAAAGAACCAGAGCUGACCAAGGAAGAAGAGAAGAAGUGGAACGAAGGUGUGGCAAAAUAUGGUUCUGAGAUCAGGCUCGUCCGCCAGCACACAAGCAAGACCAUGUUCUACGGGGAUGCCGUGCGCUAUUACUACAUGUGGAAGAAGACACCCAAAGGAAGAGAGAUCUGGGGCUCUUACAGCAGCCGCAAGGGCCGCAGCAAGAAGGUUGAACCUGACGCACAAUCCCGGCUUGUUGACGACGUAGCGGAUGCCGCAGACGACUCGGCUUUCGACAGCGCAAAGGCCGUUCAGCGCAAGCGGCUUUUCCAGUGCAAGUUCUGCACAGUUCGCCACUCUCGCCAAUGGAGACGCGCGCCUGGCGUGACACCUGGUCAAGUGAUACCCCCCGAUGGUCGUUCCAAGGACAAAACCGGAUUCCUCAUCGCCCUCUGCCUGCGCUGCGCGAAUUUAUGGCGCAAGUAUGCAGUGACAUGGGAAAAUGUAGACGAGAUCGCAAAGAAGGUCGCGCAGGGUGGAGGUAAGGCGUGGAAGCGUCGCAUUGACGAGGAGCUCCUGCGUGAGGUCUACGCCGCGCAGUCGGACCCCAGCUCCAAGAACCCCACUCCGGAGUACGUCGAGAUGCCGGCUGCUAUCGUCCAACCGAUUGCAGAGCCACCGAAGAAGAAGCAGAAAACUGCCGCCAUUACCAACGGAGACAGUGGAACAACAACUCCUGUCAACGAGCCUGUCUCGAAGAAGAAAGAAAAAGAGAAGGCUACCCCGGCGCCCAAAGCCCCAACUCCACCACCAGUUCCUGCGCCUCCAAAACUGAAGCCUUUGCCAUGCGCUGUAUGUCGGUCGUCGGAAGGUACGCGUCUAGAAUGCGCAGCCUGUCGGUUGACUGUUCACAAACCUUGUUACGGUGUCGAAGAUACGCGACAGGCAAACAAGUGGUAUUGCGAUCCAUGCAAGAACGACAAGAAAGAGAGUGUGUCAUAUACGUACGAGUGCGUUCUCUGCCCACAGCAGGAGACCGAGCAAGAGUUCUAUGAACAACCGAAGAUUACGCACAAGAAGAGGACGGACCGUGAUCGCGAAAGGGAGCGCCUAGAGAAGGAGCUUAUUGACAAAGCCAAGGACGAGUAUCGCCUUCGGCAACAAGAGAAGGGUCGACCGCUUGUACCCCGUGAACCGCUCAAGCGCACCGCUGACAACAACUGGGUGCACGUGUAUUGUGCAAUAUGGCAUCCUGAAAUCAAGUUCAGCAGCGCGACACGUCUCGACAUGGUGGAGGGAAUAGGAGCACCAACACUUCGGUACGACGCAGUCUGUAAGCUUUGCAAGACAACCGACGGCGCAUGCACAUCGUGCCUGCAGUGCCACGCGACUUUCCAUGUUGGCUGCGCGCACAGCAACGGAUAUACAUUCGGAUUCGACAUGACCCCAGUCAAGGUCUCUCGCAGAGAUGCCGUACCUACGGUGACUAUGAACGGAGAGACGGGUACUCUGAUCGCCGCGAUCUGGUGUAAAGACCACGCUCCCAAGACUGUUGUCCACCCAAUGAAUGAACCCGUAGAUGGAACAGACCUGAUUGCGCUUCAGCUGUUCGCGCGGGAGUUCAAGCAGGCUGACCUCACCCUGACUGGUACCGCGCGCAAAGCCAAUCUGGUGGACCAAUCGACACGCAUCGUACCCCAAAUCGUGCCUGCGCCGGCCAACCGCCGAGCAUCUGCAGUCGCAGCGCCCACACCCACGUCAGCCCGAGGUCGACAGUCCAACGCUGGUAUAUCAGUCAAGGAAGAGUCAAGCGAGCCAGCGGCGCCCAAGCCUGAGCGUAAAUGCGUGCGCUGCAAGAUCGAAUCUAGCCCACGAUGGUGGAAACUUGACGAGGAAACGGCAGCAACGCAAGCGCCUCGUAUAGUAGACGGACCAAUCGACCGCGACGGUACUGCAGAUAUGAACGGCCACAUCGAGAAGAAGCCCGUCGUCGAGGAAGGCCAAAUCGUCAACGGCAAUGGCCAAGGCGAUCAGCCAAUGACUGAUGCGCCAGCUGUUGCUUCACCAGCACACAAAACCUUGCGGCUCAACACGGAUGUGGACGCGGCUCCUUCAGCUGCAUAUAUGUGCCAGAAGUGUCAUUGGAAGAAGCAAAAUGGCAAAGAUGAUGAGGAGGAAGAGCGAGCGAGAUCAGUUUCGAUCUUCAAAGAGCCACCACAAACCUAUCCACUGCCCGCGACUCAAAUUCCACCAUAUCCACCACCACCACCAGCUUUGGCAGGAGGUUGGGCGCUACCAGGCGGCCAAAUACCAGGUCAGCCUCCGCCGUUGCCCUCAUGGCACAGCGGUGUUCCUCCAGGGCCUGGGCAUCCCCCACACCACAUGCCCAACGGAAACGGUUACGGGCCACCACCACUACAAGCUCCACCUGUUGGCCAUAUUCCUGCAUUCCACGCGCCAUAUCCGCCUCAGCCGAAUGGGUAUGCAGCCUUUUCAGGCGCACCGAUGCACUCGGCGAUAGCAGCGGCAGGGCUUCGGCCACCGUACUCUGGACCACCCAUUAGUGGACCUCCCCAGUUGCACCACAACAACGGCGCGAUGAUGGUCAACGGGGCUAUGCAAUCACCACGGACAAUGCCCUAUUCUCCAACCCAUCCUCACGCACAUCCUGCGUCGCGUGAAAGCCCAUUCACUGCUCCUCCUCCAGUAGCACAGUACCCUGUGCUCCACCACGGAAGCCCUGCACCUGGCAGACCGGCAACACCCAUGGAUACAGUGAUGCGGGAGGCACCAACCGUCACGUCUGCGCCCACUGAGCGCGCCAACACGGGGGCUAGUGCCAGUCCAUCUCUUCGCAACUUGUUACAUUAG